UUAUAAUUCUUUAUUUGUAUAUUAUUUUAUAGUUAUGUUAAGGAGUUAAUUGUGUGGAUUUAAAUAUCUUUUUAAAAAUUUAAUUUUUAUUUUAUUUUAAUUUUUUUCCCGAAAAUGAUUUUAAAUACAAAAUUUUACGUUACAAACUUAAUUUAUCAUAUUUGUCUAUAAAAUUAUGUUAAGGAACUGUUUUAAAAGUUUAAAUUGUUUUAAUAAACUGUGUAAUAUACCUUAUCGCAACUAUGUUACUGCUGUAAAUACUGAUAAAGUUGGUAAUGUAAUAGAAUUUGGAGGUAAAAAUAAAAUAAUUGAUCUUCUGAUCGAGUUAAACUAUUCCAAGAAUACCAAAGUUUCACUCAAUAAUAAGCUGAGACUCCUUUACACAGUUCUCAACAACUGUCAGUACAAGGGUUUAAUAAACACUUCUCACUUUAUUUCACUGAUUUUGGACUUAUGGAAUUCAAGAGGAUUAAUGAAUAAAAGUGAAUUAUCAUUAUAUGAUAAAUUAUGUCAUGAUUAUUCUUUAAAUAUUUGGAAUCUUGAUACAAAUCGAUCUAAUCCUCUUUCUAACACUCUGUAUAUGAGUGAGUGGAAAUGGGACUGGAAAGUGUUGGAUAGUGAGGUUUUAUGUCCGACUGCCGAGCAAUUUGAGAAGAAACGGAGUUUAAUGGACUAUCUCAAACCUUUAAUUGAAUCUUCAAUUAAUGGCACUUUACACACUUUUGGCUCCUGCGAUAAUGGUCUAUGGACUAGAGGAAGUGAUAUAGAUUUAUGUUUAGUGAUACCAAACUGUGACUCUAAAAGAUAUAUGCUCUCAAAACUUAACUUGAUCAAAUCUUGUUUAUCCAACAGUAGCAUAAUUUCCAAAAUCUCCAUCAUCUCAGCCAGAGUUCCCAUCGUCAAGUUGUUUGAUAAGGAGGAGAAUAGUAUUUGUGACAUAAGCAUAAAUAAUACAAUAGCCCUGGCUAAUUCUGAGUAUGUUAAGGCUAUGUCUAGACUAGAUGAGAGAGUAGUUCUCCUAGGACGUUUUAUAAAGUACUGGGCAACAUCCCGCAAAAUCAAUAACCGAGCACAAGGCACCAUGUCCUCAUACACACUCAUACUCCAACUAUUCUAUUUCCUACAAAACACCACGCCACCCAUUAUUCCACCCUUCAAAGACAUUGAAAUAAGCGAUGAAGCUGAAUAUAAUUUUUUAACUGAUCCAAGUGACAUAAAGAUGAAAUGUGAUUACAUUGGUAAGAAUGAAGAGGAUGUAGUGGACUUGUUAUUCGGGUUCUUUGAAUUUUACGCUCAGGAUCGAUUCAACGGAGGGAAGAAAUGCAGUACAAUUGACAUAUACAGUAAUGAAAUUACUGAGAACGUGAAUGGGUCGUUGAUUGUCAAGUGCCCGCUGAGUAAGAAAAAUGUCAACCCCUUUAAAAUUAAAAUGUGGCAGUCAAUUUACACUGAAUUUAAACGAGCCAAUGACCUCAUCAAGCUAAAACAACCUUUAAAAACUGUUUGCCUAGAAAACUCCCAAUCACCUCUCGAGUUCCAAUCACAACAUUUUCAACUCAACCUUAACAAGUUAAUAAAUAUACUACUUUAACUUAAUAUUUACUAGUA